AUGGGAGGUCAAGACGGGAGGUCAGGAGGCCAGGAGGCCAGGAGGUCAAAGAUCGGUAAGGUUACGGAACGGAGUAUGGUAGGUAGGAUUGAUAUGUUGGGGGAAUCCUUGGCGAGGGGAGGGAAGGCGAGAGGAGAGGGGGAUCUUCGUUUGAGUACGGAGUAUGGAGGACGGAGUGUACAUGGUAUAUAUAUAUGGUAUGGUAUGAUGAUGAUGAUGGGAAGGACUUGGGGUUCGGGGAGAUAA